AUUUCCGGAAACACCGGAUGUACGUCAUUGGUUGAGUUCAUUGUUUUUGCUUGGGAAUAGCGACUAACGUUCGCCGUUACAGUAAGACCAUGAGUCUGCCAGCAGCUCCACCCAGCUAUGCUGAAGCUACAGCAGGAGAUAAAGAGCAAGGAUCUGGAAGCUUCACUUAUGCUUCUCAACCGCCCCCAAUGCCACCACCAACCAUGCCCAUGCAUCCCAGCUGGGCUUACGUGCAUCCCGGCCCUAGUCCGGGAUAUUCCAACGCUUAUGCUGCAGACAUGUCCUCGCCCUUCUCUGAUCCAAGCUCCAGCAACAGCUUCGACGGCCUCGGAAGCAACUGGGAGGACAAGAAUAUCCGCCGCAUGUUUAUCAGGAAGGUCUUCUGUAUUCUCAUGGUACAGCUCAUGGUUACGUUUAGUGUGGUGUCGCUCUUCACAUUUUGUGAGCCGGUCCGCAAGUUUGUACAGUAUAAUCGGGUUUUCUAUCUGACCUCAUACAUGACUUUCAUGGGAACAUACCUGAUGCUUGUAUGCAGCACAAACGCAAGGCGAAGAUAUCCUACCAAUAUGAUCCUUCUAGCCAUUUUUACUUUGGCAAUGUCCUAUAUGGCAGGCAUGCUAGCCAGCUAUCAUAAUACCAAAGUGGUGAUGCUGAGUGUGGGCAUCACAGCUCUGGUGUGUCUGGCCAUCACUCUCUUCUGUUUCCAGUCCAGGGUUGACUUCACCACCUGUCAUGGGCUGCUGUUCUCUCUUAUGAUGGUGCUGAUGAUCACUGGGCUUCUGCUGUUCUUCACUGCUCCAUUCGGAUAUAUACCCUGGUUGCACACUGCGUAUGCUGGAUUUGGUGCGCUGGUUUUCACUCUGUUUCUGGCAUUUGACAUGCAGCUGCUGAUCGGCAACAGGCGGUACUCGCUGAACCCAGAGGAGCACGUGUUUGGAGCUAUCUGCCUCUACAUGGAUGUGGUCUACAUAUUCCUGUUUUUCCUUCAGCUCUUCGGGAGUCGUGAGUGAGCGAGGCGUUGACAUGUCCGGCCUCAAGCUUUUGUCCUCUGUUACACACAUACACACACAAACACACACACACACUGUUCUCAGUUACUCCAAGGUUUGUUGAGGAGUAAACAGUCUUCCUUCUUUCUGUGUGGCUGUUGAAGUUUGAUGUGUGCUGUUGUUUUCCUUCUGCUCAUGGUUCAGGCAGCUCUUUGCACACCUCGCUGCAAGAUAACCAUACAAAAAAAAA